AUGGAUAAUCCCACAGCUUCUGGUGGUUCCAAUGCCGGAGCUGGUUCUUCCGCUGCCGCCAGCGAUGAGGGACGACCAAUUGUCUUUCGCGGCGUCACUAUCGGUUACGCCCAACGACCCGACAUUCGUUCCACUGACGAGGGCUACUACGGUCUCUGGAAGGACUUUAAAGGAGAUCUUCCCAUAGAGGAGCAAAUCGCGGCAAGACAUGUCCGCGCAAUCAUGUCAAUCAGCAAUUUGUUGAAUCGAGAGACCUAA